AUGGCAUGUGAAGCAAAAGGACAUCGAAAUUCUAAAAUCAUUAAUAGCACUUUCUCUCCGUAUCCCUUGAUUGGGCUUGAUUUAGGAACAAAAUAUAUAGGAGUGGCACGUACAGUGAAAGAAAAAUAUCAAGACUCAAAUAAUUUACAAUUUAUUGCUCAAAAUCUCAUGAAACCCCAAUUUUCAAAUUCUAGUUCAUCAAUUCCCAAAUAUAGAGUAGUUUCAACACCAAUGACGGCUGUAAAUAUUUUUGAUCACAACGAUUCCAUCUCACGAAAUAAUCCUACUGAUCCACAAAACAUUGAUCGUGCAAGACGAGCCCUGGAAGAGCAAUGUUCUCGAUAUGGCAUUAAGGGAGUUGUAGCUGGUUAUCAAAAAAAUUUUGAAUUUUCAGACCAAUUACUUCAUAUUUUAAGAACGAUAUUUGUGCAAAGUGAGCUACUAUCUUCACUCCCAAUUUUACUUCAAAAUGAAUCAAGGUCAUCUUUGGAAUCCUAUAUGCAUGUGAUGGAUAAAAAAUCGGAAGGAAUGAGUAGAAUGGAAGUCAUUGACGCUUUUAAAAAUUAUAAAAAGGAUAUUUACAACAUGAACCAACAAGAGAAACAAGACCUAAAUUCACAAAGUGCUGCCGUCAUUCUAGAUCGAGCAAUUAGGACCAUUAACACUCAGCUUUUUCAACAUGGAAUGAACAAUUAUUAA